AUGUACGCAACUCGAAUGUUCAAGCUGCUCCUAGUAGCAUUGGGGUUCCUCGCCGUGGCCCAAGCCAACUCCCGUCACGCUGUCCGCUACGACAUGUACGGUCUACAACAGCGCCAGGACGACGGCGACAACACAGACGACGACACUUCUCUUCCCACACCCGGCAGCGGCGGCGACAGCUCAAAUGAUGGCGGCGACAGCACUCCCACUAGCUCACCUGCUGCAGACACCACCACCAGUGAAGAAACCCCUGAACCUACAACCACGACAACAAGAGAAGACCCUACCACAACUUCAGAGGAUGUAGCCACGACGACGACCACCACCCAGGAGGACACGUCCGAGGAAACCACCUCAUCUCAGGACGACCCUACGUCCGAGGCCCAAACCACCACAACCUCGGAGGAGGAAGAGGCCCCUUCCUCUACCACCACCAAUAACGCGGAGCCUACCUCUACUGCGGAGAGCACCAAAGAUGAUGGGAAGGACGAGGCCACCACCACCCAAGAACCCGUCAUCUCCACUGCCAUCGAGACCGUGACCCGCACCAACUCCGACGGCUCCAAGGAGACCCUGACGUCCUCCACCAUCACAACCAGCACGCCCGACCCGCACAGCGGAGACGACCAGAGCACUGGCGGCGGCAUGUCCACCAACACCCGCAACAUUGUCAUUGGUGUCGUCGUCGGCGUCGGCGGCGCCAUCCUCCUGGGCGCUCUGGGCGUCGUCGCAUGGCGCAUCCGUGCCCGCAAGAGGGCGGCCGAGGAAGACGCCGGCCUCAUGGGCGAGUACAACGGCGGCUACACCCAGGUCGACAAGGGUGAGCCGCCCAGCACCUCGGGCGGUCACACGGCGUCGGGUACCAUGACCAGCACGGGGCAGAGUCCGUUUCAGAGUACGCUCGAGGGGUAUCACGCGCCCACGCAGCCGGUGAACGCGUCGUCCAACUUUUAA